AUGCCUCAGAAACGUUUCAUACAUGACAAAAAAACUGAUCGAAAGUAUUGCAUCAGUGGUUGUAAAGCAUCAAAACGCGAGGCUGAAGAUGAAACUUUACGAAAGGACUUUAGUAAUCACAUCAAGGUAAGUGCUGAAGAACUUCCACCUAAAGUCGAUCUUCGUCCACUAAUGACAACUGUUGAAGAUCAAAAUCCAAUGAAUUGUUGUGUAGGGAAUGCUUUUGCAGGAGCUUACGAAUAUUUAUUAAAAAAACAAAAUGACGGCCGUAGUAUUGAUGUAAGUCGGUUAUUCAUCUAUUACAAUGCUCGGCUUAUAGAAGAAGAAAAGGAAAAAGAAAAAUUAACGAACAUAGAUGAUGGUUGUAGCAUCGUAAGUGGUCUUGAAGCAUUAAAACAAUAUGGUGUUUGUGACGAAACAUUUUGGAAAUAUGAAAAAGGAAUCGUAAAUAAACGGCCUGAUACCAAAGCAUACGAAGCAGCCAAAAGCAGAAAAAUAUAUGAUACAUUAAAACUUAAAAUAGAUUUAACUGAGAUGAAACAAUGCCUUGCACAAGGUUUGCCAUUUGUAUUUGGCUUAGAAGUAUUCAAAUCAUUUCAUAGCCACCAUGGUAAAGGUGUCAUAUCAAUGCCAACACCAAAAGAAGUGAAAGAAGAGACACCUGGAGGACAUGCAAUGCUGGCUGUGGGUUACAGUGACCGCUCAAAAGCAUUUAUCGUGCGAAAUUCCUGGGCGGAAGACUGGGGUGACAAAGGAUACGCUUUUAUUCCAUAUGAUUAUAUGACUGAUUCAAAAUAUUGUGAUGAGGCACUCGCUUUUCGUUUAACGGACGACGAUGAUUUGGGUCAUGAAGACUGGGAUCAAGAUGAUUCAAUUGAUCUUCAUCCAGAUACCGUGGAUGAAGAAGAAGACAAUGACGAUGAUUAUGAAAUAAUAGAGGAAGAAAUUGAAGUAAUAGAAGAAACAGAAGAAGAAGAACAACAAGGAGAAGAAAAACAAGAAGAUCAAAACAAUCAAGGCAACGAAUAG